UGCUGAUAACAUCGGAUGCCGAGUGGAAAUGGUGGGGAAUGUGAUGCGGAAUAUAAAGUGGCCUUAGAUCAAGGGGAAUUCAGUCGAACGCAACCAUUUGACAUGCCGUUGUACAAAAAUACUCAGCCAGGCAGAAAAGUAGAGUACAUAAAAAAAGGCUCUGGCAAAUGUUCGGUUGGAAUGGACUAUAAAACUUUCAAUCAGUGCGCAUUGGUCGCCGUUUUCAUCGCCGUAUCAAAUGCCACAUUUUUUGGUUUGAUGCAGGUGCCUGGUGUCUCGGGUGCUUCGGAAAGCGACUUUUACAUCUACUGGAACGUUCCGACGUUCAUGUGUCACCGGCAUGGGAUGUUCUUCGAAGAAGUACCCGAGUUCGGAAUACGGCAGAACAAGAAGGAUCAUUUUCGCGGUGACCAGAUUGCGAUACUUUACGACCCGGGUGCUUUUCCAGCGUUGCUGAAGGACGAGAACGGGCGCACUGUGAGGAGGAAUGGCGGCGUUCCUCAGGAAGGAAACGUGACUUUCCACUUGGAACUUUUUCGGAAGCACGUGGACCAGCAGAUCGAGGACGUCGGUUUCUCGGGUCUCGCUGUGAUCGACUUUGAAAGCUGGAGGCCCAUAUUCAGGCAGAACUGGGCCUCGCUUGCUCCAUAUCGCGACUUGUCAACGGAAAUUGAAAGAGCCAGGCAUCCGUUCUGGGAUAAGAAUCGAGUCGUCAGCGAGGCGACGAGGCGAUUCGAAAAAUCAGGCCGACUCUUCAUGGAGGACACCUUGCGUCUCGCCCGUACUCUGAGGCCGAAGGCUUCAUGGAGCUACUACGCUUAUCCUUACUGCUUCAAUUUGACGCCAAACGUUCCAACCGUCGGCUGCGACCCGAAAGUUUACCAGGAGAACAACAGACUUUCUUGGAUGUUCAACUUGCAGAACGUUCUCCUACCAUCCGUUUAUCUUCAAGCAAGUUUGCGUCACAAAGAGAGAAUGGAACUUAUCACUGGCAGAGUAACGGAGGCGAUAAGGAUAUCAAAUAGGUCUAAGCAGAAUGCAAAAAAACCGGUGAUUGCUUACUUUUGGUACAAGUACCAGGAUAGUAGGAAUGAGUUCUUGACAAACGAUGACGUGCACGACGGUUUUAAAACAAUCAAAAGUUUGGGAGGAGACGGAAUAGUGAUAUGGGGAAGUUCCGGCGACCUGGACACAAGACUGAAGUGUCAGGCGUUCAAGGAUUAUCUGAACGAGACGCUCGGUCCAAUCGCGAGGAAAUUCAACGUGGGAAGGUCUCUAUUGGACUCUGGGAAACUUGAAGAAAAAGAAAAUGAAGGUCCCGAUUAUACCUCGACUGUGUCAACGGCAGUGAGUAUGAACACCGAAGAAGAGGAGAGUGCGAGGUACAAUUUUAUAGCGCAAAAGGUUUGACGCUAAUGAGGCUUAUGCGAAAUUACAAAUAUUAUGUAAUUAUUACAACUGAUCCUAGACCAGUUACCGUGUAAAGCCAGAGCGGCACUGCACUACAGAGAGCGCGAACAAUAAAGCCAAUCGCAACGAACAGUUCCAACUGAUUCGUAAAUUAGGCUCUUCCGUCUGUACACCUGCCAAUGGCUGAAUCGACGCGUUUUGCUUUGCUCAUACGGUUGUUUUACCUAGUUUUCAUAGAUGUGUCUUCGCAUAAAUGUAUUAUAUAAUGUAGUAUUUACAAGUGUAAGGGUAACGAUCAAAUUAUUCUGAAUAAUAAAAAACCAAAGAAAAUAGUAAAGUAACUCGAUGUAUAGGUAUAUUGUAAAAAUAAAACUCGAAUAAAUUAUGGCUUACCACCCAA